AAAAUUGUUAUUAUCUUUAAAUAAGAUAAUAAAAUUUGGAACGAAGUUUUCCUAGAUUUUAGAUACAAUUGUUUAUCUAGAUUUUAUUUUUUGAGUUUGCUUGCUAAGAUAACACACGUGUCAUAUCAUAUUUGAAAAGUGGAAACUUUCUAUCUAUAAAUUAACCAUUGAGACUUGCUUGGCAUUCAUAAAAAAAAUUGACAAUUGGCAGAAACAUACGUGAGAGAGAAAGAAAAAAACAAUUUGCCUCACAAAAUCAACAAAGUGGCUUCUACUCCUAGUUGUGCAAAGUGUCUUCUUUUGGAAAUUAUGAGGAAAAACUAUUGUAGAAAAUGUAGACAUUGUCAAGAAGAGGGGCAUAACUCAAGAACUUGCAAAAACAACACUUCUGUGCAUAAUGAUAUUGGUCCAAACAAGUUUAUAAGGUUAUUUGGGAGUGAUAUAUCACUAGACUCACCAUUAUAUUCGGCAGCAGCAGAAUCAAUGGACAAAACAAUAACAUUACAUAAUAAUGUUGCAGAAAGUAUUAAAUGUUCUUCUAGCAUCAACACAUCAAACGACCUUGUUAUUAUUCCCCCUUCCUAUAAUGAAGCCGAAGAGGUUAGCUAUCUUUCUGAUCUUAAUCCUAUCAGAAAAAGACUUGAACAUAACAAACUAACAGGAGCAACUAAACACAUGAACGUUUAUUGCGACUAUGGAAAUAUAGUUACUUAUUCUCCUAGAAAGAGGGUAAAAGAACACUUAUCACCUAUAACUCUUUCUCUUUCUCAUAGAAAGAAAAUCAAUGAUGGGUCACACGAGAGACUAAAAGGAGACAUAUCACCUAUAAUCCUUUCUAAUUCUCAUGGAAAAGAAGUCAAUUAUGAAUCUCAAGGGAGACUAAAAGUCAAACAAUGGAAUGGUGAGGAACAUCAAAGAUUUUUACUAGGACUGAAAAUGCUUGGAAAAGGGGAUUGGAGAGGAAUAUCAACCAAGUAUGUGAAGACUAGAACUCCUACUCAAGUUGCUAGCCAUGCUCAAAAAUAUUUCAAGAGGCAAAAUGCUUCUGAAGAAUUGAAAAAACGCAGAAAGAGCAUUUUUGACCAUUCAAAUCACAAUCUACUUAUGUCUCAAAUUUCUUGCCCACCAACACCAACAGAUCAGCUUCAAAACCGGUGCAGCUUGGACAAAUAUGAUGCAUUUUCUUCAAAUUCCUUUAUAGUCCCGCCAAUGCCAAUAAUAAACUAUAGUACUGCACCAAAAUCUCUUCCAAUAAUACCAAAAUCUUCUCCAAAGAUUCAUCCAAUGGAAUCUGUGUAGUUGCCUCAUCAAACAACUACUUCAAGAAUUGAUUCGAAUUAUCUUCCACUACAAAAAAAAAUAGCUACUUUUAGUGAAUUUUUUAGUCGCAAUAUAAAUUUUUUGUAACUAAAUGUGACUUUUAGGAACAACAAAUAGUAUUUAGACACAAGUUGUCACUAAUUUAGUUUUAGUCACAACAAUUUCAAAUUUUUGUGACUAAUACUUUUAGCCACAAACUUUUUAGUCACAACAUAAGAGUGAUGAUUUGUAAUUAGUCGCAACUAUUUUACUUUUAGCCACAAAUUUUGUUGUAACUAAAAAUAAGAUUUUUUUAUAGUGUUCCUCUCCAUAUAGGGCCAUUAUUAA